AUGGAGAUGGGUAGGAAGAUGAUGGUGGUGGUGGUGAUGGUUUUGGUUAUGGUAUUGGAAGGGUCGAAAGCAUUUGAGUUUUGUAAUAUGACCAAGGCUGGUAUGCUGGCAUGCGAGCCCUGCGUGACUCAUCAGCCACAACCGGCCAAGCCGACGCCGGAGUGUUGCCAGGCCCUUUCAUGUGCUGACUUGGCAUGUCUGUGUUCUUAUAAGGACUCAUUCGUGUUGUCAAAACUUGGGGUUGAUUCUCGUCUCGCCAUGGAACUCCCUCCCAAAUGCAACCUCACUCUUCCUAAGGGAUGCUGCAAAUGACUACAACACAUGCAGCCUUUCAAUUGGUUCGUGAAAGGUGUAAGAAAGUUGUUCCUCAUGGUAAAGAGACAAGUAUUAUUCAAUUAUUAUAUAUGCACACACACCGACAAUGUGUGUGUUGUGUGUGUAGGGAUUAUAUCUAUCUUUUUUAGUCUAUCAAAUCAUAUGUAGAAGAGCGAAUAAAAUCUCAAUGUAGUUUGGAGUAAAUUAGUUAUAUAUGCCUUGUAUUUAUCUGAAUUGUGUUGUAAAUAAAUCUUGAAAGUACCAAUCGAGGUGGCUUCUUUGAAAAAUUUGUGAUGAGAUUGUUCUUAUUUGGUAUGUAUAUGUGUGUUUGUUCUACGAGUAACGUAAGUUACAUAACCACAUUUUUUUUUUUAGUGAAAUUUGAGAUUGGAAGAUGAAGUUCAAUAUAUAAUAGCAUAAUAAUUUAAAUAAAAAACAAAUUUUUUUUUUUUUUUGAAAGGUAAUGAAAAAUAAUAUUACUCCUUACAUGUAAAGUGUAUGAAUACAUUUUUUAAUUAUGUGGAGUGUAUGUGUUUGUUUUCUAAGGACAGUUAUAUAUAUCUAUAUAUCUAAAAAUAGCAAGCAAAUUAUUAAUAUCAUUUCUAUUUUAAAAAAUAAAAAUAAAAAAUUUGGUUAUCUAAAACGAAUCUAAAAAAUAAAAUCUAAAUAAAUAAUUAAAUAAUAAUAAUAAUAAAACAGUUCCAUAUAAAAACAGGUAGG